GUGCGCGCCGUUGCGAUGAUCACCUGACAAUCAAAACAGCCAAUAGGGAUUGGCCAACCUGAGGAGCUUCGAGAACCUUCGGUAAUUUCCGUUGCAUAGGCGACCCUUUCAGAAUAUAAUCGGAGGAAUACAAGAACUGGAAAUUAUGCUUCAACUAUACCAAGACCUGGUUAAACCACACCUGGAGUACUGAGAGCAAUUCUGGGCACCAUACCUUAGGAAGGAUAUCCAGUAAGUCCCUGCUUUAAGUUGCCCCAUUGUUAAACUUGUGAAAGUGAUGAGAUUCAGUAGGAGACCACAUCACCUGAGAGGAUUGAAGAGUUUAUCAUCCCAACAUGAACAAUGAAAAGAAAGUUCAUGUUUUCCUUGGAGCACCAGCUGUUUUGACACAGUGGAAAACAUCAGCAAAAGAAGCAGUAGUUGAAGGCAGUUCCAAGAAGUGGCUUCAGUGCCAGGUCUUCUAUGACAAAGGAUCUCUCAAUGCUAGUCCUCGGGAGUGCAGCACCAAGGAGUCUCAGAAACAUUUUGUUUGCCAUGAAGCAACAUCACAAUUGAAAAAUCAAUCUGGACAGUCUUCCACUUCAAAAAGUGAAGAAGGAAACAUAGCAUUAUCUCAAGAAUCUACUUUUGAGAAUCUUGAUGCUUUCCUACUGGAACAGAGCAUGAGCAAAAAGAGUGAUAUACUGUAUGAUAAUGACUUCAAUACCAGACAGAAAGGAAAACAGCACAGGAAAGGGUUGAGCAACAGAACAUUGCUGAACUCUGAAAGGGGUGUCAAAAUAACUGAAGAACAUGAUCAUGAUCCCACCAAUCCUGCUUGCUCAGGAGGAAGUUUUGAGACACCUUUGGAGUCUUAUGAGGGGAGCAGACAAAGCGGAGAAAAUGGGAGUGACAAUUGGGACCCUAAUGGUAGAAUAGCAGAGCAGAAUGCACCUUUGAAAGAAGAUUGUCCAGAAUUUCUCUGUGACUCUCUGAUGGAAUACCUGCAGAAUACCUUUCCAGCUGAAGGGCAGGGAUCUUGUUUCAGGUGCACAUCAUUGAAUGAAGGUUUAUCAACAGAUGCUGAGUUCCUCAGUGUGUUGACCGCAAGUCAAGCUGCCAUUCUUUCACAGGGAUUGUCAGAGAGUCAGUUUAUUACACAGGACUCCCAUGAAAAUUUAAAGGCUAAACUGGAAACAGACACAAAAGAUAAUGAACUGUCCUGUCAGUCACUUCCAUCUACCCAUAAUUUCGUUAGGCCAUAUGGAAACAGUGCCAAUCAGACAGUGUGUGGACAGGUUGACAGUUCAGAAAAUACCCCUGAACUUUUCAGCUUACCGAGUAACCAGCAAUUGUCCAAUGAGGCUGUAGAUGGGAGGAUAUCAGAAGUUUCAGAACAUUCCUUCAGUCCCUUCACUAAAUGGUCAAAAGAUGAUGUUGAGGUUAAUGUUGAACCAUACAGUGGAGGUUUCCUGUGCUCUCAGGUUGCAGAUAGUUCUAAGUGGCCUUUAAAAAGAUCAGUUGAGGCUACCAAGGAGCCUGAGAAGUUAAAGCAGGUGACCCAAACAUCAAGAUCUCCAGUUUAUUUCGAUAUUGACCCACCAUCAUGCAAGAAAAUAAAGACGAUGGAUUCUGAGAGAAUAUCAGAUCUAGGACACUAUCUGGAGGCACAGAGGAACCGAUGGCCAACACCUAAGGUUGGCUUCAUUGAAAUAGAAAGGCUUAAAAAUUGCACUGACAGAAGCAAGCGGUACCAUGUUUUGGUCACCGUUCUGUUCCGCUGCCUCCUGAAGGAGAUACAGAUCAAAUCAGGAACAUUCGCUGGGUGCAGGGUCCCCAUAGCAACUAUUGUGGUUACAGACCAAUCAGGAGUCACUAUAAAGAUUGCGCUAUGGCGAGCUUCUGCAUUCUGGGCAUUGAGUGUCUCCCCUGGGGAUGUCCUACUAGUAACAGAUGUCGCUGUACAUUGUAACCAAUGGCGAGGAGAGGAGUUGUUGCAGUCCACCCCAAGGACUAAAAUGAUCAAGCUGGGACCCUGCUUACAGAUUCAGACUGCACAGUGGUCCCAAACAGUGAAUGCAAUGGCACUGAAGGAGCUCAUAGCAUAUAUUUCAGCUCAACACUCCCAUCUUUUGGCUGUGGAGCCCACAAACCAUCAACAUCUAGAGUCCAUGCAGUAUGUGAACAUUUAUAAACUGCAACCAGGCAUGGUGGUACAUGCACGACUCAAAGUUGUCCUCAUCACUGUGCUAUCAGAGAAUACCUACACAUAUCGAGGAAAGGCGCAACAGAAGGUAGUGCUGAGUGUGGAGCAAGUCAAAGGUCACCCAGGCACGUUAACACUUUGGGGAAAUUGGAUAGCCUGGCACACUCGGAUUCAAAAGAAAUUGGGUCACGUUUGGGAUUUCAGAAAUCUGCUGGUCUUUCAAAAUCCCAUCGCUGGAGAUCUGGAACUGCACACCACACCUUGGUCGUCCUGUGAGUGCUUGUUUGAUGAUGAUGAAAGAGCCAUUGCAUUCAAGACCAAGUACCAACCCAGCGAGACAGACUCUAUUAAAAUGAUGGACCUAUCCACCCUGCUUCACACCAGGUAUUCGGGAAGCGUUCAAUUAAAGGUCCACAUAGUAGCAAUGCAGUGGAAUGCCAAUUCUACUCUUAAUCCCUUGUUCACGAUGGACGCCUUUACUCCAAUGGAGACAGUUUUUGCCUCGCUCUCCUGUUUUACAUAUUCUGGCUGUGGAAGCUGUGGCUCAGAACUGGGAUUUGAUGAAAAUGGCAUCUACCAGCAGUGUAUUUCAUGCUUGCCAAAUAGCACCUUGCGAACCUUUUACAGACCCACAAUGCUUUCAAUAACAGAUCAAGAUUCCCGGAUUGAUGUUUUUAUCUCAUCCAAACUCAUGGAGAAGAUAUUUCUCAAUAUUCCUCCCACCUGGCUAAGCAAACUCAUAGGCCCAUCUGAUCAGGUGACAUAUGGAAUGGUGAUGGCGGAUUUGUGCUGUUCGUUGUUUGCAGACCCUCGUGACUAUUACGUACUGACAUUGCAGAGCCAGUUCCAUCUGGAUGAAAACAGCAUCGCAAUGAACCAGGAAUUCUAUUUGUUGGAUUUCUGCCCUGAUCAUUAACCUCUGAGCUUGUUAGGAACUGAAAGGUGAAUUUACCAAUCUCCAAACUCCCCAGGUGGGGUGUGGGGGCAGUGUGGGACCAGUGUGUGUGUCAGGUAGGGUUAUUUUGGAGGGUAAUUAUGAUGUGAGGAGGCAAGUGUGGGUAGGGAAUUGUCCGUAGUGCCCACAGACCUAUCGUCAAUCCAUGCUCUUUUCAGGGAUUGCUCCCCGCUGGGUGCUGAGGGACAAUAAACAUUCCCUUAAGUGUUAACUCUAUCCUUUUAUUUUAUUAUUAUUCAUUCGCAGGACGUGGGAUUCACUGACAAAGCCAGCCUUUAUUUUUCAUCCCUAGUUGCCCUUCAGAAGCUGACGGUGGGCAGUUGCCUUGAAACACCACAGUCCUUGUUGGGAUUGUGUGUGACUUGGAAGGGCAGCUGGAAGUGAUGGUUUUCCCGUGAAUCCCCUACCAUUGUCCUUCUAGGUUGAGGAUGUCUUGGGUUUUGGAGGUGCUGCUGAAGAAGCCUUGGCAGCUUGCUCAGCUGCAUCCUAUCAAUGCAGUCACAUUAUGCCGGUAAUGGAGGGAGUGGAUCCUGAUAUUUCAGAGAGUAAAUGCUACUUAACCACAGGAUUGAGAAAGGCCCCAAGCUAGAUUCUAUAUCUGCCAUCAGUGCUUCAGAUCUCAGUGCUCAAUAGGGCAUGUAGACUCAACAGAUUGCUAGGAGUGCAGUGGUGCCACCCUAAGGGAGUGGUAAUGGCUCCUGUUCUUUCUCAGGAUGACAGUAGUUGUGCUCCCAAUAUUGUAUGGCAGGCAGCCCCAACUGCUGCCACCAUGCCGAAAUGUUUCAAUUCAAAGCUGGGUCGUCAAGGCCCAGAGCUGCUCAAUGGUGACCUACAAGACCAUCCAGUGAAACUAAGCAACCUUCAACCAGCCACAUUGCAGCCAUUUGGAUGGCACUACGUGGGAGCACUAGGUCAGGCAAGGGCACCUUCAUAGGCAUUAAGAGAACGCAUAAGGGCAGAAAGUUCAUUUUUAUUUGUACAAUUGAAUGUAUUCUUGGAUAAGCAUGUUAUGUAAACGUUUUCGUUGGUGGUUUUUAUUGUUGGAUCAUGGCCAAGGGGAUGUCCAGAUGGGUGUGCAGCCACUUGGAAAAGUAGAUCCAUAUUGGUCAAGGAAAAUUGUCUGUGGGUCAUGAAAAUAUAAUAAAUUUCAUAAUAUUGUGAUUUACUGUAAAAGCGGGUUUAUAGUGGGGCUUGGAUAAUUUCUCUGUGUGUGUGUCUGUAUGCGUGUGUGUGGGAUUUAAUUAAAUUGGAGACAGCUGGAGUGCAGGCUUUGAGUCAUCAAAAAGAAGCUAGGUUUGAAAUGCUAAAUACGUAAACAUGGUUGAGGUUUUAGAAUGUGAGGCUUAAGGAAAAUUUGCAUUUUUAGAUAAACCAGAGUGGUUUGAAUUUCCAAAGAGAUGGUAAGAUGUUACACCUAGGUAGAAGAAGCUGAGUAAAACAGCAUGUUAAUUUUUCCCAAAGGAUACUGAUAAAAUUAGUACCAUGAAAAGAUUUAUAUUAUGACAAAAGUAAAGUUCCAAAGACAUGUCGGAACAAUGGAAUUUGCAUUAAAAUGGGAGAAACAUAUGUAAAGGAGAUGAGGCUAUGUGUAAGAGGAGAAGGCAUUCUAAGAUUUAACACAAGUGUGAAAAGCCUCCAACCUCUGUGGAUCAAGUUGCUGUCUCCAGAGACUGAAGCUGAGAAAACUCACUUUGAAUUCUACCGUAAAGGGUAUCGUGUUGCUUUGCCUGGUCAGUUUAAAUCUAUUUGUUUUUACUGUUGCCUUAACGGAGGUAUAACUGGGAGCCAGAUUAAUUAGGGGUUGUACGAGUUAUUAUAAUAGUAAUUCGUAGACCUAUGUAUAUGCUUGAAAUCUUGUCUUUUGAUAUAAAAUGUUAAUUUAGUCUUCUAAAAA